CAUAUGCAGGGGCGGACUGACAACUCAUGGGGCCCCCGGGCAAUAGGGGAUCAUGGGGCCCCUGUGUCCUUGCCCAAACUCAAAAAAGCCUAUGAAAAAGGUACCAGGGACAUCUCAUGGGGCCCCCUACUGACCCCAGGGCCCUCGGGCAGUGCCCGAGUUUUCAAAUGGUCAGUCCGCCCCUGCAUAGAAGUGACUAUAUCAUCAACCUGAGCUGGGGCUGACUAGGACCUAGUUACCAAAGCUAGCAUGUGCUUUGUAUUUUCACCCUCCCUAUAAUAUUUUUGAGAGGUAAAAAAAGAUUUUGUUUUCCAAAUCUUUUUAAAAGAGCUG